GGAGUGAUCUUAAUACUUUUUAAUUAAAUAAUUACACCAAAGGGUAAAAAGUGGAGAAUCAGAAUAAAUUUCUCUUUUUUUCAAAAAAAAAAGUGCAUUUUGAGAAAAACCCUAGAGCUCUGCUCUGCUCAGAAGAGCUCAUCAGUGACCCCAUCCCCCUCGCCAGCCGCAGUGUGCGAGCGCCGUCGCAUCAGCCAUUCUUCCGGAUCCUUCGAGCAUUUUUGCGAGCGGAUUUUAAGACAAGCCCCUCCGAGAGAGAUUGAGUUUAACAACGCCUUGUUUCGAGAAGUGCAGUUCAGAAUUAUAUAAUGGGUCGGAAAGUUGGUCAACUUCGGAUUAAUCCCAAGAAAUUUGGCUCUUUGAAUAAACCAUGCAUGAAGGAAAUGGCAUCAUUUCUCAACUGCUUGUCUCUUAACAAUAACAAUGACGAUAAGUGUGCCCGAUUUAAGGAACAACUGGAUGCUUGCAUGGCUUCCCAGACAAAUGCUAGGAAGAAACUGGGAAACAUUAAUUACCAUCUUGCCAGGCUUAGUAGGGGUCGGAAGUAAACGAGAAAAGCUUUAAAUCGCGUAACUCUUGCCAGUCAGCAUUUGCAGAGAUUUAGAAGGAGAAAUCAUAUUAUUGUUACAUACUGGAGAUUUUGUGUAGCUUUGCAUUUUGAAGAUGUGAAAUGCUCUGGGGAAUUUUUUUUUUUUUUAAAGAAUAAUAA